UCCAUUCAAGAUGGCGGCCGCGCGCUGCCCGAGGUGGCCCGGGCUCUGGCUGUGGAGGUAUGUGUCGGCCGGAGGAUUUCCGCUUCAUCCCAGUCACUCGGGGAGGACUUACACGCGGGGCGACGGCCCGUACUCGCGCACCGCCCUCUACGACCUGCUCGGCGUGCCCUCCACGGCCACGCAGGCUCAAAUCAAGGCGGCGUACUACCGGCAGAGCUUCCUGUACCAUCCGGAUCGCAACUCGGGCAGCGCCGAGGCUGCCGAGCGCUUCGCGCGCAUCUCGCAGGCUUACCUGGUCCUGGGUAGCACCACCCUCCGCCGCAAGUACGACCGCGGGCUGCUCAGCGACCAGGACCUGCGCGGGCCCGGCGUCCGGCCUUCUGGUGCCUCCACGGUCGAGGCCAGCCCUCCGCGAGCCGCUCCGGUCACCUCCCGGGCCCCCCGCGGUGGCGAUCCCGCCCGCCCGCGCGACGGUCGCACCAUGUUCAAUUUUGACGCCUUCUACCAGGCUCACUAUGGAGAACAGCUGGAGCGGGAACGGAGACUCCGGGCCCGGAGGGAAGCGCUUCGCAAAAAGCAGGAGGAGAGGGCCAACAAGGGGCUCCGCUGGGACGAAACCCGAGAUGCGACUUUCUUUGUCGUGCUUGUGCUGCUCUUCAUCUUCAUCAGCUUUCAUAUUUAAUGGGGAGAGAAAGAAAGGGAGCCGCCCCAGCCAACGUCAAGAGAAAUAUGUUUGUCCUCUGAACCUCUCAUUUUGCAUUGACUACCUCCGCUCGGGUUCCACCCUUGCACAUCCCAGCCCUAAGGUCCAGCAAAAGAGGUUUCGCCACGCCCAAGGAAUGGAGACACACAACACCCCUCUCCCAGGAUGAAGAUUCUGGAAAAUUAGGGCGUGAAGGGUUUACCCGAUGCCUGCUUCUUUCUGAAAGAAGUUGCCUUCCACAAAGCAUUGCUCUGGUUUCAUGGGAAAACCCCCGAGCAAGAUUUUUGUCUUAUCUGUGCCCCCCCUUCUCCGUUUGUACCGGGAGGGUUCCCCUCUUGUAACCUUGAACCGUGAAAUAUGGCCAGUUGUUGGCUGCCAAAAGCAAACUUCUUUGAGAGUUUGAUGUAUGAACUUUGCCUUUCUGGGUCCUGCAAGCUGCAGGUGAGGAUGUUCUCAGCGGGGGCGGGGGGGUGCUGGAUGUGGAGCGAAGAGAGAGUCCUGAGAUGCCAAAAGUAAAAUGAAAACCACUGGGCUCAACUCCCAGUGCCCCCCUACCAAAAAGAAGUGUGAGUGGAAAGUUUGCUAUUUUUCUAGCCUCUGCCCCACACCAUGCCUGCUUCUUCGGGUGCGACGCGGGAGUGAGAAACCAAGACCCUUUGUAAAAGGAGUGUGUUCCUGUCCAUGUUUAUCUAAUACAUGACCCUGGGGAAGCUUACUGUAUGAACAUAUUGAAAGAGUAAACCAUUUGGUCUCGUGA